GUAAAAACAUUGCAAAACUAUGGAGGCUCCUCUGUUUCUUUCGAUGCUAUUGCCAGUGCACAGUGUGCUUCUGGAACUGCCAAAGCUUUGUCCAGAGUGCUUGCCCGAGACGUUAGAAACGGAGUACUUCGGAGGAAGACCUGGCCAAGAUCCUCCUCGACUAUCUUGGCCAGUUAGCGCAGAGGUCUUCGAGCAAGCUGCAAGAUCUGGCAAGGUGCUCAUCCUUGAAAACGCUUCAGCCGGCAUGGCUUUGGAGGGCUGGAGCUGCGAGCGCUUGUCCCAAGAAUUCCCUGAUGCGAAAAUGCGUCGGGAGUAUGACUGGGUGAAGAACCCUCAGGACCAAAACCUGCAAGACUUCAGCAAGAUGAGCUGGACUUCAGCUCAGGAGCAGGGUGAGGAUGCCGACGAACGUUUGCGGCAGGACUCCUCUGCUCCUCCUUUUGCUCCGUUUUAUUGGGGUGUUCGUGAGCAUCAGCAGGGCAACCUUGGAUCCAAAAAAGUCAUGAAGCGCAUCAGAGACCUCAUCACAACUUCGGUCCCAAGCUUCAUGGAUAAGAAGAAUGCGGCGUCAUUGUUUGACAAUGCUGAAUUCUGGAUGGGUGCCAAAGGCACAGGAGCGAGAGCACACAUGGAUUCUCAUUGCAUCAGCACCCUCAGUGUGGUUCUUCACGGAGAGCGUCGGUGGCGAAUUGGUCCAGUCCCACGACUUCCAAAGGGUGCUGGCCGCUCUCCAAAAGGUGAAGUCGUUUUUGAUGAUGGAGUUGCAUAUCAGUUGGGCUGGAAGCCAAUGUUCGAAUUUACGCUCAAAGAGGGUGAAGCAGUUUUGUUUCCACCGGGCUGGAUCCAUGAAACUCUCAAUACGGCUGAAGGCUGCACCAUAGCAUUGACUACCCAGUUUGAUAUUCCGGUGCCUGUGAGGUACUACAGGACGUUCUACAAUCGUCUCAGGAGAGUUGGUGAUCUAAACGCUUGUUGGGAAUGGAUGGUGAAGUGGGCCGGUGGCAAGGUGUCGAAGGAUUUGGCACAGGCCAAGACAAUGGCCCAAGAAAUGUUUUCCAAGACAGGUGCAAAGCUGAAGCAACAGCAAGUGGACUUUUUUGAUUUGAAUGAAGAUGGAAACGUGACGCAAGACGAGUUUGUCAGUACAUUUGUUGCUUGGACUGCCACUGAGCAAGCCAUCAAGAAGGAGAAGCCAAAGAGUUUGCCCAAAUGUGAUAUGGCUUGGGAUGACAAAGUUCUGCUCAAAGAAGGCGAGCUUUGACGCGAAGAGAUUCGGGGAAGAGG